AUGCACGAAACCAAAGCCAAAAAAAAAGAGAUGUAUGCAGAGCCUGAGAGAUUCCCUCAAAGUUUUGUUUGCGGAAGCGUGCGAUCGCCUGGAAUUCCUGGCGGAGAGUGACGGCCGAACGGGGUGGGGUCUGUUCUGAGUUUGUAUCUCCGUGCGGGGGGCUCCUUGUUUCUCUCUCAGACUCUCCACAGACAUCGAGAGUAAGACAAUAUUAUUUUUGCUUUGGUGGUUUGUUUUGUGUUUUGGGGUAGACUGAGGUCUCCUGUUGUCACCUGGAGACUGAUCUCCGAGGCGGGAGACGUUCCCCUUUUCUGUCUGAUGUGAGGGAGGACACUACUUUAUGGUUUGAUUUUUAUUUUAAUUUUUAAAAAAGAAGUGUACUUUCAGCCUCCGCCAAGGUCCGUCCAACAAGAAAAGAGAUUUUUCAACAAAAAGUUUUCAAGAUGACGGAUGUAGAUUCGGACGAGGAACAAUUGGAGAUGGAAGAAUUCCCUGACGGAGAUGAGGAGCUUUUUGAACAAUCCUACAUCCCCAACUAUGGAGCAAUACCGGGAGAGCAAGAGCAUCUGCCAACUGAGUUGGGUCCAUAUAGAAAAGAGGCAACUUACUUAUUUGGUCCAGUGUCUGGGCUACUCAUUGCGAAUGGUGCAGGAUUCAUGAGCAAAUUCAUGGUUGAGUUUGAUGGGAAUGAAGACUCUAUCUUUUUUGCUGAUGGCCAACGUCGAAUUGAUUUUGUAUUGGUUUACGAAGAGGAGCGCAGAAAGCCAGGAGACAAAAAGCGAAUGAGAUCAAUUCUAAGCAGAAAGAGAAAAAGAGCAUUUUUUCAAGAAAACUUAAUGAAAGAAGGCAUACAGAUUGAAGCGACAAAAUCAGUUGUGGAUCACAGCCUUAUUUUUCUGAAACUCCAUGCACCAUGGGAUCUUCUCUGUCGUUAUGCUGAACUCCUUCAUAUCAAGCUACCUCUAUAUUCCAAUGAUAUAAAACAGAAGCCCUCCACAUUCAACUGCAUCACUAAGAUUUUCUCAGUGGAUGAAGACAAAAUUCCACCAGAACCUGAAUAUUUCACUGCGCCUUUUGAGAUGGAUCGUAUUAAAAGUUUCCAAAUUGAUGAUCAUGAUUCAUUCUUCUCACCAGCAACAAGAAGCAGAAUAGUCCAGUAUAUUCUGAACCGCUGUGAAUAUAAAAAAGGAAAUCGAAACAAAUUUGGCAUCACCAAACUUUUGGACUCAAAGACAUACAGUGCAGCUUACACCCUCCAUGAUUGUAAGUACAAUCAGAAAUCGUCAGACCCGUUAUGCCCCAAUGAGAGAUACCUUUUGUAUGAGGAGUGGGCACAUCCCAAGAACUUUUACAAACUGCAACCUCUGGAUCUCAUCAGGAAGUAUUUUGGCGAGAAGAUUGGAAUCUACUUUGCUUGGCUUGGUUUCUAUACUGGAAUGCUGGCCAUUGCUGGAUUUGCAGGACUUGUCUGUUUUAUUUUUGGAAUACUGACUCUGGAUUACAAUACAUGGAGUCAGGAAGUGUGUGAUCCUGAGAUUGGAGGUCGUAUGAUCAUGUGUCCCCAGUGUGAUCGAGAUUGUAGUUAUUGGAGACUCAAUAUUACUUGUGAAUCAUCGAGGAAAUUAUCCGUAUUUGACAACUAUGGAACUCUAGCCUAUGCAGUGUUUAUGGGAAUUUGGGUGACCGUGUUUCUGGAAUUCUGGAAACGCCGACAGGCUACAUUGGAGUAUGAGUGGGACACUGUAGAACUGGAACAGGAAGAGCCACGGCGACCAGAAUAUGAAGCAAAAUGCACUAUUCCAAAAAAAAAUCCAAUCACACAAGAAGAAGAGUUGGUUCCUUACUCAGCCUGUGGAAAAUGUAUGCGACUGGUUUGUGGUGGAAGCACGGUUCUUUUCUGGAUCUCAUUAAUUAUUGCCUCAGUAGUUGCCAUUAUUGUCUAUCGGUUGGCUGCCUUUUUGAACUUCUCUGCCAAGCUGCCCACAGCAAUAGAUGACAAUCUGGAACCUCUCAAAGACUACCUGACUCCACAGAUGGCAACUUCUGUAACAGCAUCUCUCAUUAACUUUUUGUUCAUUAUGAUUUUGAAUAUUCUUUAUGAGAGAGUCGCAAUAUGGAUCACUGACUUUGAGCUUCCAAGAACACAGACAGACUAUGAAAACAGUCUAACUGUGAAGAUGUUUCUCUUCCAAUUUGUCAACUACUAUUCCUCUUGCUUCUACAUUGCUUUCUUCAAAGGCAAGAUUGUGGGUUAUCCUGGAGAACCAGUUUACUGGUUGGGACGAUUCAGAAAUGAAGAGUGUGACCCAGGAGGCUGCCUCGUAGAAUUGUCAACUCAGCUGCUGAUUAUAAUGGGAGGAAAAGCAAUAUGGAACAAUGUUCAAGAAGUUCUCAUUCCGUGGUUAAAGAACCUUAUUGGUCGGUGUCGUGCAAAAUCAGAAGAGAAACUUCCCCGAUGGGAGCAAGACUAUCGGCUGCAAUCCAUCUCAAAGUUGGGCUUAUUUUAUGAAUACCUGGAAAUGGUUAUACAGUUUGGUUUUGCCACCAUCUUUGUGGCAUCAUUCCCUCUGGCACCUCUGCUGGCACUGAUUAAUAACAUCAUCGAAAUACGAGUAGAUGGUUGGAAAAUGACCACACAGUUUCGACGGAUUCUGGCAGCCAAAGCGCAAGAUAUUGGAGCCUGGUUGCCAAUCUUGCAUGGAGUGGCUGUUUUUGCAGCUGUGACAAAUGCACUGAUCAUUGCAUUCACAUCAGAUAUGAUUCCCAGGCUUGUGUACUAUUGGGCACUGUCUGUGCAACCCUUUGGAGCACACAACAGCUCGACCAUGCAAGGUUACAUCAAUACCACUCUCUCUGUUUUCAGUAUCGCUGACUUCACAAGUCUCAGCAAGCCCAAGAAUACACCGCCCUGGUUUGACCGUGAAAAUGCUACCACCUGCAGGUACCGAGACUUGCGAUAUCCUCCUGGUCACCCUCUACAGUAUUAUCAUAGCCUUUAUUUCUGGCAUAUAAUGGCUGCCAAAUUGGCUUUUAUUAUUAUUAUGGAGCACAUUGUAUUUACAGUGAGUUUCCUUGUCUCUUACUGCAUUCCUGACGUACCAAAACACAUUAAAGAGCAAAUUAAGCGGGAGAGGUAUCUGACACAGAAGCUUCUGCAUGAAUCUCAACUUACAGACUGGCAUAACAAAAUGGCAGAAACUGCCAAAACUGUAAUGAAGGGUCCAGUGAGCAUGAAAUCUGCAGACAUGGAUGUAUAAACACUUGUGACACAAAUCUAUAACUUUUUUAUCUUACAUUUUUUAAAAGGAGGUUUGGAGAUUUUUUUAAUUGUGCGAUUCCAAGGCACAUUUUGUUUUGUACAAUCCUCAAAAAAAACUUCUAUAUUUUGUUUGUCAUUUGACCCACUGCAUUUUGUAAUACUGAUACCGAUGGUUGGUGCAGUAGGUUUCAGGAGUUCACAUAAAUGGUCAUUUGUUAUAUUUACAAAGGGUUGACAAAUAUGACAUUUUAAAAAUAUCAUGGUGUUAUCCUGGACCUUUUUAGAAUAUGAAAAAGGAAUGUAAUGACUAAAAAACUGAGCAAAGAAGUGGUAGCCUUGAUUUUUGGAUUAUUUUGAGCUGAAAAUUGAGCAAAAUUGCUGUUGCACCAGAAAGUAGCCCACUGCUGAUAUGCUGCUGUACAUUUACAUCAUUCAGCAAUGUAACAUGAGAGGAUUACUUCGCAUUGACUGUAUAAGUAAAUGAACAGCUCCAGGACCAGUAAUGUUUAAAAUACCCUGCUGUAUCAUAGUAUUCAUCGCAGAGGACAUAUUCAGUGUAUGGGUAUAAUGAAGAUGUGGGUAUACUGUAUCUUUAAGAGAGUUAAAAGCUAGCAGAACUACCUGACAGCACCAAGUGUUCUGAAUAACACACAAUCCAACAUGUGAUCCAGCAGUUCGGGUAGCUGCUUGCUUGGUGACAAAAACAAAAUUGAAUUAGGCCAAUCGGUUUAAAAUACAUCCCCCAAAAAAUACCCCCUAACUGUUCUGACACAGGUAAACCCUCCUGCUUUAAUUUAAACCAGCAACCCAGAAAAGAUUUAUCUCAUGCAGUAAUCUGUGAAAAUUCGAGAGGCCAAGAACUAUAACAGAGAAUAAUUAACUAAAAAUUAUUUACAACUCCUUCCUCUAAGCUAUAUUUUACUUUCCCUUGUAUAAUACUGGCCUGAUAAAAACCCCCGUUAAGAUUUACUGAAAAACUCAAAUUUCCAAACCCACCAGCUGACGAAUCUUCUCUUUGUUGAUUUGCUCUCCAAGUCGGUGUCGAUGUUUUCCUCUGUGUAAACACCUUCUCUCGACAGGUACCACUCAGACAAUUCUGACUAGCAGCCUACAUCUGUUGGUCUUUUGGCAGUUCUCUCCCAACUGUUCAAUUUUUCCCAGCCUUCUUACCCCCAAAGCAUCGGAUUGCGUCAUUGGCUUUUAAUGUUGCCAAUACACUAAAUUCAAACUUGAUUGGAGUUUGUUUUUUUUUGACUUGUUGCCUUGAAAAGAAAGACUUCUUCAAUUCAUGAAGUGACUUUCAUGACCUUAGAACGACCCAAAGCACUUUAUAGCCAAUGGCGCACUUGAUCGUUGUAAAGAAAGAAAAUCCAGAAACUGGACUGUUUGCCAAGUCUAAACUGCUGCAAUUUCUAAAUCUGACAAUGACAUCUGAAUACCUGACAAGCAAUAGGAAAACUCACUACUAACACUGAAAGCUCAAUAUGGUAAUAAGGCAGGACUUGGAAUCAUGUGGAGUCAGGACGCUAAAUACUAUGUUGUAAGCUUUUUCUGUAACUUGCAGCCAGAUUUAUUCACAGUCGUCAGAACAUAAAUAGGAGCAACUUUGGGUCAUGAUGCUCCUUACGCCCACUCCAUUAUUUGAUACAAUCAAAUGUUCAACCUCAGUUACCCACCCAAACCCCAUUAUCCUUGAUUCCUGUAAUGUCUAAAACUAUUAUUGAUCUUAGGCUCAAAUAUACUCAGGACUGAGCAUCCAAAACCACUUGUGGUAGACAAUUCCAAAGUUUCUUUGCCCUCUGUUUGAAGAAAUUACUUCUUUCUUCUUAAAAGAUUAAUCCUGACUCAGUUCCAAUCUCCCUAAUAAUCUAAUUGACUGUGUAAGGGUUAAACCAUUCACUGACUAUUACUCACCAUCUUAGUGUUUCUCAAAUGUUAUUAAAAUGAAACAAUACUUCUAUAAACAGUGGAAAGUACAUUUAAUAUGUAGUAUUUCAAUCAAAACACUAUUUUUAAAAUACAUGUGUUCUGCAGCUUUUCAAAGUAUCAAACAAUACAUUUGAACAAAAAUAGCAUAUGGAAUAAUGAAGAUGUGAAAUAAAAUCUUAGUGUUGGAGAAACUCAUCAAAUCUGGCAGUAUCUGUAGGGAGAGAAACAGAAUGAAUGUCUCAAAUCCAGUAUGAUACUGAGUUCCAAAGGCAAAAUAUAUUGGGCACAAAAUGUUAACAGUAUUUUGUUCUCCACAGUUGCUGCCAGACCUGUUGCAUUUCUUCAGCAUUUUCUGUUCUAACCCCAUAUACUUAAGCUGUGCAUCAAUUCUUGUCCAGACCUCUCAUCAGUUUUGCCUGUUAGUCUGUCUUGUGACUCCAGUGCAGCAAGAGUUCAGCCUAAUAUCCCAUUAAUUUGCAGCCAAUCUGAUAAUAUAUGGAACUGAAUUAAAGUUCAUAUUGUCCUUUAUCUGCAGAGCGUCAAGAAAAAGCAAAACCAAAUGAAAGUAGUUAUAGUUUUUUUUAUUACUGCUACUCCAAAUUAUAUUCAUUCAUCUAAAAUUAUUUUUAUGAAAUGCAGAGUCACCCAGUAAGAACUGCUAAAAUCUUUCUAAAAGGCUUAUCAUGGUCAAGUUUAUCAAAACUGGACAGAGUGAGUGCAAAUAAAAAUUGAGAUAUUAUCAUCUCUAUUCACUUCUGGGCAGUUAUGUAACCAAAAAAACAUUUUAGGUUACUAGAUAAGCCCAUAAAAUUUUCUUUACGUUAUACAACCUAAAUCCAGUAGCUGAAUUAAAGAGUGUAAAUGGAUUUCUGAGAGGUCUCAGGCUAAUCUUUCAUAACUGACAAGGAUCCCCACGGAUAAAUCAUACCUUUUUCUCACAGUUUGUGUAGUUCAUCUACUGAAAUUUAAGUGGAUCUACCAUGUUUAUUCACCACCCAGCCCCACUCCCAUGUUUUCAGAAUAGAAUUAAAGAGCUGUUCAAUAAUAGUGGGCGGCACGGUGGCACAGUGGUUAGCACUGCUACCUCACAGCGCCAGCGACCCGGGUUCAAUUCCUGCCUCAGGCUUGCACAUUCUCCGGGUUUCCUCCGGGUGCUCCGGUUUCCUCCCACAAUCCAAAAAUGUGCAGGUCAGGUGAAUUGGCUUUGAGAAAUUGCCCAUAGUGUUAGAUGUAGGGGAAUGGGUCUGGGUGGGUUACGCUUCGGCAGGUUGGUGUGGACUUGUUGGGUCGAAGGGCCUGUUUCCACACUGUAAGUAAUCUAAUCUAAUAUGCCAAACAGUGUUUGAUCCACCUCUCAACUGUGUAGCACUUAUGUCUUUCAAUAUAAGAUCAAUAACUGCGAUGGAAAUCAAAUUCUGACAUGAAUAGUCACUAAAUACCUCAAAUCCAAUGAAAAGACCACAAUGACUAUCUUUUGACAUGCAGCUGUAUUUGAGCACAAUACCUGCUAUCAGGUAUCAUGUAACAUACAGUUGGUAUCUAUAAAACAAGAUUGAGAUUCUAUCCAAAACAAUUAAAAGUAAGUCAAUAUAGUAUCUCUGCCUCCUGUAGUAGGGUCGAAUGGUAUUGAAGAAAAUGGGAACUUAUUCAAAGAGUCCAAUGUAUUAAAGGCUGCUUGUCAAUGGUAAUUUGGAAGCCACCUUCCUUCCCUACAAGGCUCAGACGCCUCAGUGCAUCUCUUGGCACUCAUGGUUAGUUGUAUGUGUAGUAUGUGUCCUAAGGUGCAAUCACCUUUGUACAUGGUUAGGCUGGGACUUUUACGCUAGAGUGUAGGAUGUUGAGAGGUGAUCUGAUCAAAGUUUAUAAAGUAAUGAGAGGUAUUGGAGGAAGUAUAGGAAAUGUUUGGAGGGAUAUUGACCAGGAGCAGGCAGGUGGGACUAGUUUAGUUUGGGAUUAUGUUCGACACUGUCUGGUUGGACCGGAAGUCUGUUUCCAUGCUGUAUGACUCUUGAAAGUGAAAAAUUAUUUUAUCUGAAAUAUAGAAAGGAAAACCUAAUGCAGUCAGCUUGACAUGCUUUUUUUGAAUGUCAAGAUGCUGUACUAAUUAAUUUGUAUGAUCUUUGUGUCUGUAAAGCUUUAUAUAAUUAUUCUCCCACCUAUAGACAUUUUCUAAACAACUGGUAAUAAUGUUCUUCCUUUUAAGUUAAUUAAGACAAAAUGAUAUAGGAGCAAAGCAUGUCUAAUUAAAAAUAUCGUUUCAUAAA